UAUAGCUGCCAUACUGGAUUGCAUCCUUGAUUGCUUUCAGUCAUUACUCGCAGACCAAUACUUCUCGCUCGGCCUACUCACGAGCUGCAAUUCUCAAUUCCUCUUUAACAUGAUAUCCUCCUAAUAUCCUUCGCGCUCCAACAUGUGGCUCGACCGCAUCGCCGGUCACUCGACACCUGAUCGCGGCCUUUCUCCAAUUCCCCAGAGAUCAUCCUCCCAUCUCUCGCCGAACCGUCAAAACAGUCGCCCUGGACUUAGCAGACCAGGGUCGUCUCUGUCAGCCUUGGUUUCUCCCAGCGCCUCGACCACCUCUUUGCCGACAGUAGCCCGUGUCCCCGAAGAGACAACUUUAAAACAGAAUGCUACAGGAACACGCCCACCGAAUGUCGCCGACCCAUUGGAGGUAUUAAAUGGAAUUAUCAAGAAACAGAAUGUGGAAUCAAACACCGAGAGUUCCAUCCGCAAACCAGGUCUAGCAAAACCAGACCAGCUGGUGGAAGACAUUGACUUCUGUGGCCUGAGCUUAGAGGGAUUCUUGCAGAAGCCCGAGUCGGAUAGAUCAGUGAGAAGCGAUGUUAGUGCCCAGACGCUUCAGCAGUUUGAAGAGGAAAGAGACAAAUUUCAGGAUCUGCAUAACGCUAUAUCCGGAUGCGACGAUGUAUCUAAAUCUGUGGAAUUGUACUUGAGUGACUUUCGAAAUGAACUCGGGGCAGUCUCGGCAGAGAUUGAGAGUUUACAGUCUCGGUCUGUUCAAUUGAACGCUAUGCUGGAGAAUCGGAGGAAUGUUGAGCAGUUACUUGGGCCCGCCGUGGAGGAGAUCAGCAUCUCCCCAGCCGCCGUCAGAAUGAUUGCGGAAGGACCUAUUGACGAGAAUUGGGUGAAGUCACUGAACGAAAUUGAAACGCGGACAGCAAGUAUAGAAGCCAAGAUUGCGAGCUCUAGUUCCACCAAAGCGAUCGACGACGUUCGGCCUCUUUUGGAGGACGUUAAGAAGAAGGCUGUGGAAAGGAUCCGGGACUAUCUGGUCUCGCAAGUGCGCGCGUUACGAUCGCCGAAUAUCAAUGCUCAAAUUAUUCAGCAGCAGCGCUUGGUCAAAUAUAAAGACCUCUACAGUUACCUGUCACGAGCCCACUCCACCUUAGCAAGUGAAAUCACCCAAGCCUACGUCAAUACCAUGCGCUGGUACUAUCUUUCACACUUUACCCGCUACCACCAAGCACUCGCAAAGAUCAAACUUUAUCCCAGUGACCGCAACGAAGUUCUAGGUGGUGAUCCCCACACUCAGAAAUCAGGCAAUCUGGGCCCUGGUGGUCGGGUCAAUGCCGCUGCGCACGAUCCUUUCUCGCUUGGGAGGAGAAUUGACAUUUUGCGAACGGGCAACCAGAUGGCCAUCUCGUCCUAUCUUGCGGAAGAGGAUACUUCCUUCCAUGGGAUUGAAAUUCCAUUUCGCAACUUCAACCUAGCGCUUCUGGAUAAUGUUUCGGCUGAGUAUUCGUUCAUGACUGAGAUGUUUUCGACCUUGUCUUUCCAGCAAAUCUCUCGCAAGGCUCUGGAAAUAUUUACUCCAGUCUUUACCCUUGGCCAGGGAUUGACCAAACAACUGAUUGAGAACACUACUGACUCGCUGGGCGUGCUGAUGUGCGUACGGCUAAACCAACAAGCUGCCUUCGAACUCCAGCGGCGCAGAGUCCCUGUUGCAGACUCGUACAUCAACGGAAUCAACAUGCAUCUGUGGCCUCGGUUUCAAGUAAUCAUGGAUGCCCAUUGCGAGUCUCUUAAACGGAUAGGCGCCAAUACAAGCCGCAGUGCGGUAUCUGCCCUGUCUCUUGCGGGUGGUGACGAUCUGAAUCAGUCAUCUGCACCGCAUUUCCUCACGCAGCGCUUUGGACAGCUGUUACAUGGCAUACUUGUACUGAGCAGUGAAGCAGGCGAUGACGAGCCCGUAGCCAACAGUUUGUCUCGGUUAACGUCGGAGUUUGACGGUUUAUUGGCGAAACUCAGUCGGAUUGGUGGGGAUGCGAAGCGAAGAGAGCGGUUUCUCUACAACAAUUAUUCUUUGGUGCUGACCAUAAUUAGCGACACGAAAGGCAAACUAGCAACCGAGCAGAAGCAGCAUUUUGAGGAGAUGCUUAAGAGCGUGGGACGACGUAGCUAGAGAAUGCACACCGGUGCUAUUCAUAGCACCUCAAAAUAUCUGGAUAUAGACACGCGACUUACUAGAAUGCGGCUGAUGGCUUACGUGUAUAAUACUGGAUGCUUGACUAUAGACUAGCCGAGCUGUAAAUAAUACAUAUACCCAU